AUGGGUGACAGAGGUGCUGGAGGAUACAACUCAAAAAAACAAUAUUUGCACCUGGCGAUCGACUUCGCCACUCGGUAUUUAUGGACACUGAGCUCCAAAACUCAAACUGCCAAAGACUUCGUGAACUUAAUAAACAGCGUUACACAAAUACAAAGGCCGAAAAUGAUACUAGCAGACAGAUAUGCAGGAAUUAACUCAAAAGAAUUCAUGCGUUUUCUAGGAAAACAAAAAAUAAAAUUAACAUUCAUAUCUCCUAAUUAUCCAGCAAGUAAUGGCUUAUGUGAAAGGGUUAACCAAACCAUCGUAACCCGGUUGCGCUGCAAGAUGAACGAAAGCAACAGGGUCAGUUGUUGGAGUAAACUGCUGAAAAUGGUAACGGAAGAAUACAACAACUCCCCUCACUCGGUAACGGGUUUUUCACCAAAAUAUCUCAUGUUCGGCGUCCCACCGUUUCCCCAAGUCAUGCCGAAUACUCUCCCGCCAGUAGAAGAAGCUAGGAAAUUGGCUUGCGAAAAUACUCAAAGAAAGCAGGAGGUGAAUAAAAAUUAUUUCGAUAAUAGACACCAGAAGGUAACGUUAAACCCAGGGGACCUAGUACUGGUCGAAAAUAAAAAUGCAAUCACGCGGAAAAAAUUAGAACCCCUAAUGUCUGGCCCAUAUAAAGUAAUGAGACAAGUAUCAAAUGUACUAUAUGAAAUAGAAUGGGGAAAAAGGGGAAAACCGUCAGACGUCGUCCAUAUAUCCAAGUUACGUUUAUACAACAACCCAAUCUUAGAUCUACAAAGCGGGGGGAUGUAAAGGUGUGAUUGGCCCUCCAAAGCCGGAGGCGCUUGAAACAAAAGGAGUGACGUGGAACAAUAGAAAAUAAGGUCAGAAGCUUCUGGGAAGUCAGAAAGAACGGACCACGUGAAAGACCUCGAAUAUAGUAGGACGAGACAAAGGAACUUCAUAUAGUUAAAGACAUUUCCUCCUCGAACUUACAUAAAAUAUUUA